CAAAGGAUAGAAGCCAAGCAUUGUCAAAUAAGAUGCAAAGCCACUAUCACAUAAAGGUAAAGGAGGUCAAAUUGGACAUCAAAAAAGAGUUGAAAUUAUCUAACAAGAGUGCUGUAUAUAUCUCAGUGCCCACAAAACCAAUACCAAUUCUCUUUCUCAACUGUCUUCCCAAAAAAAAAAAUGACUGUCUGCUGUCAUGAAGAGCAAUCAAAUCCUUCCAAGAGAUGUAAAUUUCUGGCUGCUUGUAUAAAGGAAGCAUUUUCCAAUUGCCAUAACUUUGGAGGACGGAUUUCAACUCUAGGCCAAGAUGAAGAAUACCCAACAAGUGACUUUGAUGAUGAAGAAGAGGAAGUUGUUUCGGCAAUUCGAAGCGGGGCAAUAGAAAAGUUGAAGAAGAAGCCUAUCCUUAUGAGCUCAGAUAGCUUUUCUUGGGUUUAUUACUCUCCAAUAACCAGACAACUAUACAUAAGCUCGAAAGGACUCGAACAGAAAGAGGGUGAUAGUAAUGAAGACUGUGAAAGAGAAGAGUUUUUAUCAGUGAAAAGCUGUUUUUCUUGCUGUUCAAGUGCUGCGAGUAAAGACGUAUUUCUUUCUGUCAAAUCAAGUUUUUCUCGUUGUUCAAGUCUAAAUGGGCUCGACUUGAAAGAGCAUCAAAGGCGUUCGAUAAUUCAAGAGUUUUGUCACUGUGAAGGGUGGCCUUUUGGUCUCUGCCGUAAGGUUGUGUUGCUUCCUCCACUGCCCAAGUCACCCUCUGAAUCGUGGUCAUGGCAUAAAGGCACUAAAAUGGUUAAGCUAACUUAAUACUUAGCUGCUGCUGAGAACUUUUUCUUCUCUAGUUUUCAAAAUGUGUAUCUUUUUUUGCCACUAAAGUUAUAUAAAAUGCAUUAUGGGGGUUAAAUUUUACAGUAUGAACUUUAAUUUUUAAUUUUUUUUCUUCUCAAUCGUAUCUUCUUUUUAAGUUUUACUUUUUCAAUGUAUAAGAGAAUCAAAGUUGGGUGAUUCCGAUUGAGUAAUGGUUUCUAGUCGAACAUUGUGGUCUUGCAAA